CAGAAAAUGGCACUCCAACACUUCAACACUGUGCCAUAUUCUAUCCCACACAAGCCUUUAACAUAUACUCUACCCAAACAUUCUAUCCCACACAAGCCUCUUAAUGCCACUCAUAAGAAGUUCUGGCAACUUCAAUGCUCAGCUAUCUCACAAGCUUCUUCCCAACCAGCCACAUCCGGGCGACGAUCCGCCAAUUACCAACCCACCAUUUGGAGUUAUGAUUUUGUGAACUCCCUAAAAAAUUAUCAUGAGGAUGAAGAAGUAUACAAGGAAAUGGCAAAAAAGCUGGAAGAGGAGGUGAGAAUUAUGCUUGAUGAAGAAGAUGCAAGGCCAUUGACAGUGCUUGAACUGAUUGAUGACAUUCAAAGGUUAGGCCUGGGCUAUCGUCUCGACGUCAAUAUAAAGAAAGCCCUUGACAGAAUAAGAUCUAAUGGUACAACAGAGAAGAGUCUUCAUGCUACUGCCCUCAGCUUCAGGCUCCUCAGACAACAUGGUUAUGAGGUCUCUCAUGAAGUAUUUAAGAGAUUCAAGAAUUCCAAAGGUGAUUUCAUGGCGUGCCUGUGCGAGGAUGUAAAGGGAUUAUUGAGCUUGUAUGAAGCUUCAUAUCUUGCUUUUGGAGGAGAAAGCAUCUUGGAUGAUGCCAAAGCAUUCACAAGCUUGCAUCUCAAGAACCUCAAUGAAAACAUGGACUCAAACUUUAAAGAACAAGUAAAUCACGCAUUGGAGCUUCCAUUGCACCAUAGGGUGCCGAGGUUGGAAGCUAGGUGGUAUAUUGAUUCAUACAGUAAAAGGGAAGAUGCAAAUCACUGCUUGCUACUUGAACUUGCUAAGUUGGAUUUCAACAUGGUGCAGUUAACACACCAAAGUGAACUUAAAGAUAUGUCAAGGUGGUGGAAGGGGGUCGGUCUGGCAAAUGAGUUGAGUUUCGUAAGGGACAGGUUGAUGGAAUGCCUUUUUUGGUCCGUUGGAAUGGUCUUUGAACCUCAAUUCAGUAAUUGCCGCAAAGGGUUAACAAAAGUCACAGCACUGAUAACUACCAUCGACGAUGUCUAUGAUGUUUAUGGAUCUUUAGAUGAACUAGACCUUUUUACAGAUGCCGUUGAGAGAUGGGACAUUAAUUCUUUGGAAACCCUUCCAGACUAUAUGAAGUUGUGCUUCCUUGCUCUCUACAAUACUGUCAAUGAAAUGGCUUAUGACACUCUUAAAGAACAAGGAGUGAACAUCAUUCCACAUUUAACAAAAGCGUGGGCGGAUUUAUGCAAAGCAUUCUUAAUAGAGGCAAAGUGGUGUCACACCAAAUACACUCCAACAUUCGACUCCUAUUUUGAGAAUGGAUGGCGUUCAGUUUCUGGGGUGCUUAUACUAAUUCAUGCCUAUUUUUUGAUGAGCCGAAAUAUCACAAAGGAGGCUAUGGACUGCAUAGAAAAUUACCAUGAACUUUUACAAUGGCCAUCUGUGAUUUUUCGACUUUGCAAUGAUUUGGGUACUUCAAAGGCCGAGUUAGAGAGAGGUGAAACAGCGAGUUCAAUACUGUGUUACAUGUGUGAAAGUGGGCUUUGUGAGGAAGAUGCCCGCCAACACAUGAUCAAUUUAAUGGAGGAGACAUGGAAGAAGAUGAACGAAGCUCGAGUAGCUGAUUCUCAAUUCGGAGAACCGUUUACUGAAGCAGCUAUUAACCUUGCUAGAAUUGCCCAAUGCACGUACCAAUAUGGAGAUGGGCAUGGAGCUCCAGAUUCAAGAUCAAAGAAUCGGGUAUUCUCUAUCAUAAUUGAACCAAUAACGACACAUACAAGACAGGAAAAAAUGGUAAACUUCAAUUCUUGAAAGCUGUCUUAGUAAGCAGACCUCAGAACUGAAGUUACCUAUUGUGAGAGUUUGUACGUGUACUUUUUUUUUCUUUGGGUGUUGGGGGUGGGAGGUUACUCCCUUAAUUGUAAGAAAUUACAAAAUACAUUCUUACAAUUACUCGUAUUUUGUUUUGUUUGCCAAUGAACCGAGUAAAGUGAGUUUUAGUUUGGUGGCUUC